AACAUGCAAUACAUUUUCACCUCUCUCGUCUACAUCCUGUGCUUCAUGAACGUCAUGGUUGAAGGUCUAACCCGGUACCAGACCUCACCUCCGACUGACAUCAAUCCGAACGGUCUUCUCCAUGCCGAGAAUGGAGGCUACUACUUGAAAGACAUGGAAGACGUGGUCGUUGCUAUCGCUAGUGAUGACCUGUGCAAUGAGCUGGAUGGUGCCUUGGCUAGCGCUAAGGCUGCUGUUGAUGCGCAUCAGUGUGAACAACACACUGCAGCUAAGAGAACGAGGGGCGCGAAUUUUACAGAGGAACGAAGAUCUUUCUUGUUACCCCAGCUGUAUACGGAAUCACUGCAGUCAUCCUCGUUGCUUCCCCCACGCUACCUGUUUGAGCUACUUUCAUUGCAAUUUGUGCGGUACCCGGAAGGCCUGUCUCUAAGGUGGAAAGUGAUGAUCCUUGGGUAUUUGAGAUAG